AUGAAAUUCUUCUGGAUUCUCCUCCUUCUCACCACCACCGUCGCCAUCCAUGGCGCCAAAAUCUGCUUUAACGACAUGGAUUGCGUAUACCCAAGUCUUCGUUGUCAUGCGGGACAAUGUGUCUCCAAGUCGGGAUUCUUUGGUGGGAACGAUGGCAGUGACGGUGUCGAGUGUAACCCUGAAUGCCCACCAAUGCAAGCAUGCUACUGGGGCAGGUGUGUUAUUGCUAAUGACUGA